AUUGAGGCUUUUGCUUCACACUCCUGGCUGCAAAUGGUGGUGGAGACGGAGGAGCCUGAGUCCGGGCUAACAUUUACAGACAAAUCACACUUAUCUCACCCUCCGCAGGGAAGGCGACUGCCUUGCAAUGAUUACAACCAACUGUAAGGACACGGGGCUCUGUGUGUGAACGGCAUGUACGUGCAAAUCUGUUUGACAGUCGGACAAUGCAAAUCUGAGGACUGGAAGAUAGUGUCAAUGGACGCUUCUGUAAUGGCACACAACGUUUUCUUUUUUUAAAGCAGGCCGGAUCGUGUCCUAGUACUGCGAUCGCAGUCUUUUUUUUAAUACCUGGAGGCUUUUGGACAAGGACAAGAGCGAAAAUGACGACCAGCAGCCCCGAAGCGGUGAAGAAAUUACUCGAGAAUAUGCAGACGGAUUUUAGGUCGCUGUCCAUGGAAUGCAAGAAAAAAUUCCCCCCAGUCAAAGAGGCUGCAGAGUCUGGGAUUGUGAAGGUCAAAACCAUCGCAGCACGGAACACGGACAUCCUGGCAGCGCUGAAGGAGAGCAGCUCAGAGGUGGUGCAGCCCUUCCUGAUGGGCUGCGGCACCAAGGAGCCCAAGAUCACGCAGCUGUCCCUGGCAGCCAUCCAGAGGCUCAUGUCCCACGAAGUGGUGUCUGAGGCUGCUGCAGGGAGCAUCAUUAACAUGCUGUGGCAGCUGAUGGAGAAUGGGGUGGAGGAACUGAAGCUGUUACAGACGGUGCUGCUUCUGCUCACCACCAACACUGUGGUGCACCAUGAGGCUCUGUCCAAGGCCAUCGUGCUGUGCUUCCGGCUGCACUUCACUAAGGACAACAUCACCAACAACACGGCGGCGGCCACUGUCCGGCAGGUCGUCACUGUCAUCUUCGAGAGGAUGGUCGCCGAGGACGACCAGCACAAAGGUAGCGUGGAGCCGCCGCCCGUUCUGGGAAACAGCAACCGCAGAUCCAGCAGCUCCCUGAGACCUCGCGCCAAGGACGCCUACAUGCUGUUUCAGGACCUGUGCCAGCUGGUGAAUGCUGACGCCCCCUACUGGCUCGUGGGGAUGACAGAGAUGACGCGGACCUUUGGGCUGGAGCUCCUGGAGUCGGUGCUGAACGAUUUCCCCGGAGUGUUUCUGCAGCACCCGGAGUUCAGCUUCCUGCUGAAGGAGAGGGUCUGCCCCCUGGUCAUCAAGCUCUUCUCCCCCAACAUCAAGUUCCGGCAGGGCCUUGCCGCCCCCUCCCCCGCCCCCGUGGAGAAGCCCUACUUCCCCAUCUGCAUGAGGCUGCUGCGGGUGGUGUCCGUCCUCAUCAAACACUUCUACAGCCUGCUGGUGACGGAGUGUGAGAUCUUCCUCUCUCUGCUGGUGAAGUUUCUGGAUGGGGAGAAGCCGCAGUGGCUGCGGGCGGGAGCAGUGGAGUCUAUUCACCGGCUGUGUGUUCAACCACACCUGCUCCGCUCGUUCUGCCAGUCGUACGAUAUGAAGCCACACUCUACCAAGGUGUUUAGGGACAUUGUGAACGCACUGGGCUCCUUUAUACAGUCUCUGUUCAUUACACAGAGCACCACGCCUGCUAAUGCUCCUGCUGGUGGGUCGGUCUCCGGGGGCCAGGCAGGGGUCCCGGGUGGGGCUGGGCCCGGGGGAGUGGGUGGGGGUCUAACCACCCAGGCAGCGUUUGAGUAUCGGGGGACCUGGAUCCCCCUCAUGGCCGUGAACGUGCAGGGCAGUGCUAAGGCUACUUACCUGGAGAUGCUGGAUAAGGUGGACCCGCCGUCCAUCCCGGAGGGGUACGCCAUGUCAGUGGCGUUCAGCGCCCUGCUGGACCUGGUGCGUGGGAUUACCACCAUGAUCGAACGUGAGCUUGCCAAGGAGGCGUCCGCCCGCAAUGCUCCGGCCCCGCCCCCUGCUGACCCGCAGGGCCCCGCCCGUGACCCGGAGCUCGUAGAUCAGCUGGUUCGGGAGGAGAUGGUGAGCGCGUGCUGGUGUGGGCUUCUUGCUGCUCUCUCUCUCCUGCUUGAUGCCAGCACGGAUGAGACAGCCACGGAGAGCAUCCUGAAGGCGGAGCUGACGAUGGCAUCUCUGUGUGGGCGUUUGGGCCUGGCCACGCCCCGCGACGCCUUCAUCAGCGCCAUCUGCCAGGCCUCCCUCCCACCACACUACACCCUGACAGCCCUCAGCUCCUCCACAGGCCUCGCCAACAAGGCCUACUCCAUCCAGGGUCAUACGGUGCAGAUGAUCAGCCCCUGCAGUGAGUCUCACCAGCAGGUGGUCGCUGUGGGGCAGCCGCUCACCGCCCAGCCACAGGGCACCGUGGUGCUGACGGCGAAGAGUAUACAGAGCAUGCGGACGCUGCUGAACCUGGCGCACUGCCAUGGAGCUGAGCUGGGCACCGCCUGGAAGCUGGUGCUGGCCACCCUGCAGCACCUGGUCUGGAUCCUGGGUCUGAAGCCCGGAGCUGGUGGGGCUCUGAAACCUGGCCGAGCAACCGAGGGACCCAGCACGGUUCUGACGACAGCAGUGAUGACGGACCUGCCGGUGAUCUCCAGCAUCCUGUCCCGGCUGUUUGAGAGCUCCCAGUACCUGGAUGACGUGUCUCUGCACCGCCUGAUUGACGCACUCUGCUCGCUGUCCGUGGAGGCGAUGGGAAUGGCUCACGGGAAUAAUAAGGAGCCUUCCCUGUUUGCAGUCGCAAAGUUGCUCGAGACCGGUCUGGUCAACAUGGACCGCAUCGAGAUUCUCUGGAGGCCUUUGACUGGACACUUACUCGAGGUCUGUCAGCACCCUAACUCUCGGAUGCGGGAAUGGGGUGCAGAAGCUCUGACCUCAUUGAUCAAAACUGGCCUGGCGUACAAGCACAACCCGCCCCUGUCCCAAAACCAGAGACUGCAGCUGCUGCUCCUGGGCCCGCUGGCGGACCUCUCCGGAGUGCUGCAGCCUGAUAUCCGGCAGCGGCAGCUGGAGAGCGUGCUGCAGAUCCUGCAGAGCCAGGGAGACAGCCUGGGCCCCGGCUGGCCCCUGCUGCUGGGGGUGAUCGGGGCCAUCCGCAACGACCAGGGCGAAUCCUUAAUCCGGACAGCCUUCCAGUGCCUGCAGCUGGUGGUGACGGACUUCCUGCCCACGAUGCCGUGCACGUGUCUGCAGAUCGUGGUGGAGGUGGCUGGCAGCUUCGGUCUGCAGAACCAGGAGCUGAACAUCAGCCUGACCUCCAUCGGCCUUCUGUGGAACAUCUCAGACUGCUUAUUCCAGCGCGGGGGUCAGAUUGAUCAGGAGCUCAACAGGGAGGAGGUGUUGUUGGAGCAGCAGGCGCGGGAGAAGGGCGUGGCCCUGAACCGGCCCUUCCACCCGGCCCCGCCCUUCGACUGCCUGUGGCUGUGUCUGUACGCCCAGCUGGGCGAGCUGUGUGUGGACCCCCGCCCCGCCGUGAGAAAGAGCGCUGGGCAGACGCUGUUCUCCACCAUCAGCGCUCACGGCACGCUGCUACAGCCCGCCACCUGGCACACCGUCAUCUGGAAGGUGCUGUUCCGCCUGCUGGGCUGUGUGCGGUGCUCCUCCAGCACGGCGGACCGUGAGAAGAUCGAGUCGGGCGGCGGGAACAUCCUGAUCCACCACUCACGCGACACGGCCGAGAAGCAGUGGGCCGAGACCUGGGUCCUCACGCUGGCGGGCGUGGCCCGGAUCUUCAACACCCGGAGACACCUGCUGCAGUCACUGGGUGACUUCUUCAAGGCAUGGGAGUUGCUGCUGGAUCACAUCCAAUCAGCCGCGCUCAGCAGGAAUAACGAGGUCUCAUUGGCCGCUCUCAAGAGCUUCCAGGAGAUCCUCCAAAUCACCUCGCCCACCCGUGACUUCGAGAAGCCCGACGCCCUCACCGCUAUGGGCGUUCCUGCGCUCGCCGAGUCCCUCCCCCUCCCCCUGCCGCGCUCUGAUUCGCCAGGGCGGGAGGAGGGGGCGGAGGGCUUGCGGGAUGAGGCGGAGGACUCCGCACUGUGGUGGGCAGCGUGGGCCACCUGGUCCCGCACGGGGCUGGAGUGCACGCGCGCCCCCGCCGGCGCGGACGGCCCCGCCUUCGUGCCCAGCCAGCCCUUCCUCACGGCACUGCUGCAGAUCUUCCCACCGCUGUACCUGCACGUCAGACCGCGCUUCAGCACGGAUGACCUGCGCCGGCUGGCCUCCAUCCUGCAGGGGGCGGUGUCCGUGCCCAUCAGCUCCGACGUCUCGCCCUUCAUCCUGCCCUCCUACACCGAGGCCGUCCUCACCGGCCUGCAGGAGGCUGUGCUCACUGCACUCGACGUGCUGCAGAAGGCCGUCUGCGUGGGCCCAGCGGAAGUGCAGGCCAUGUUUCCUGCCAUCCUGGAUCAGCUGCUGCAGUUUGUGGCGUUCUCCUGCAAACCACCGCAGUACGGCAGGCUGGAGACCAAGCACAUCGCCAACGCCAAGUACAACCAGAUCCAGCUGUUUGCGCCGGCAGAGUGGGUGGCGCUAAACUACGUGCCCUUUGCGGAGCGAUCGCUGGAGGUGGUGGUGGAUCUGUACCAGAAGACUGCCUGUCACAAGGCUGUGGUCCAGGAGAAGGUUCUGCAGAACAUCAUCAAGACGCUGAGGGUUCCCCUGGGCCUGAGGUACGCCUGCCCGGUGGAGAGCACGUGGAGGCUGGCCGUCUCCUCCCUGCUGCGCGUGCUCGCUGUCGGCCUGCCCGUCGCCCGGCAACACUCCGCCUCCGGCCGCUUCGCUGGCAUGUGGCCCGAGCUCGCCGGUGCCCUCGAUGACUUCCUGUUCACCAAGAGCACACCCCCAGAUAAUCUGUCCAUUCAGGAGUUCCAGAGAAAUGAAAACAUAGAUGUGGAGGUCCUUCGGCUCAUCAGCACCGAGAUCCUGCCUUUCGCCAACUUCAUCCCUAAAGAGUUUGUGGGGCAGAUCAUGGCAAUGCUCAAUAAGGGCUCCAUCCACUCCCAGUCCUGCUCCUUCACAGAAGCGGAGGUGGACGUGCGGGUGCGGGAGGAUUUCUCCAGGGUGUGUUUCGAGACGCUGCUGCAGUUCUCCUUCAGCCAUAAGGGCUCCACCCCCCAGGAGGGCUCCACCCCCCAGGAGGGCUUCAUCUCGCGCAUGGCGCUGUCCGUGCUGCUGGAGCGCUGCCAGGACGUCCUGCAGCGCUACGUAGAGGAUGAGCAUCUGAGCGGACGCUGCCCCCUGCCCAGGCAGCAGGUGACCGAGAUCAUCUUCGUCCUGAAGGCCAUCAGCACACUCAUGGACUCGCUGAAAAAGACUCAGCCUGAAAACGUGGACGGGAACACCUGGGCACAGGUGAUCACUCUGUACCCCACGCUGGUGGAGUGCAUCACCUGCUCGUCGGCGGAGGUGAGCUGCGCUCUGAAGGAGGCGCUGGGGCCGUUUCGGGACUUCAUGCAGCCGCCCACGAGCCCGGCGCGCAACGGCGAAUCCUGACCGCCCGCGGGGAGUGGACCACGCUCUUCUGCUCCUUCGUGUUUUUAAUAAACGAUGGGAGACGCGUCCUCCUCUUUCUAUACGGCUAACAUGCGUGUGAACUCUCUGAUCACCAUGAACUAACAGACCAAACCCCGCCAGGGAAAACUGAGUGACAGGACCUCGACAGCAAGUCAUGAAUGACGUCAGUGUGUGCCUCUGCUCAUGUGUGGGAGACCCAGUCUGAUUGGCUGGAUUCCUGCAUUAAGAUGGGAGAGCCAGUCUGAUUGGCUGGAUUCCUGCAUUAAGAUGGGAGAGCCAGUCUGAUUGGCUGGAUCCCUGCAUUAAGAUGGGAGAGCCAGUCUGAUUGGCUGGAUCCCUGCAUUAGCACUGCUUCAGUCAAACUGCAGUGUUCCUGUUCCGUUCAGGAUUUUGGUUUUGUUUGAUUUUGUUUUUUCCCCUGAAGAGAAGGCAGGUGGUGAGGGUGUUGAUGAUGUCACUGAGGAUGUCAUGAUGUCAUUAAGGAUAAAGUAUUUGGGCUGUACUAAAACUGAAAGCAAAAAAAUACAUUAAUGGCACUUUUUUCCACCGUGGAGGAUUUUAUGCUCUUACUGGAACAUUCCAUACCAUCAUUAGCCAGCCUGAAGGGGUGUGUGUAAAACUAAUGGUACAGUUCUAUUAAAAAAAACGACCAAAUAUCUCCCUC